AUCCGUGGGGCGGGGUAGUAUCGGUUAACCCUUGCGUGGCGGGGUGGGCUGGAGCUCCGUGGCCCGGAACCCGAGAUUCCGGGGCUCGCCAGCCACACCCCUCGCAGGAUUUAAAGGGGUAGGAGGGACCCAGUCUGCCGAAGCCUGAACCGAAGGAGCGGGCAUGAGGCGCUGCCCGUGCCGGGGGAGCCUGAGUGAGGCGGAGGCCGGGGCGCUGCCUGCGGCGGCCCGCAUGGGGUUGGAGGCGCCGAGAGGAGGGCGGCGACGGCAGCCGGGACAGCAGCGACUUGGGCCCUGUGCAGGGGACCCAGCGAGACGGCCGGAGGGGGGCGGGCCCUGGGCCCGCACCGAGAGGUCCAGCUUCCACACCGAGGCCGAGAAGGCCGGCCUCGGGCCUGAGCCGGGAACAGAUGGUCUACAGACAGAAUUCUGGAUAGGCGAGCAAACUGAGCCUGAAGCAGCUGGUCUCGGACCUGAGACGGAGAGGCCCAGUCAAAAGACGGAGCCAGACAGGUCCACCCUCCAGUUACAUCCAGAAAGGCGCUGGUCAGAAUUGGAGACAACCAGUCGCUGGACGGAGAUUGGAACAGAGACUGGGACUGAUGGCUUUUGGACUGGUCCGUACAGCUCGGACCGCCAGUCUCAGCCAGAGAGGGCCAGCCUUUGGACACAGCUAGGAGUUGAUAGGCCCUGGCCAGAACUAGAAACACAUGGGUCACAAACUGAGCCAGAAAGGGUCAAGCCUUGGGUUGAUAACCUCUGGACCCACCAGGGCAGAUCCAACCUCCGGACUCACCCAGAGGGAGCCUUUCCCUCAACAGAGCCAAGUGCUGACGGCUCCUGGAAAGGAUUGUACACUGAUGGCUCUAGGACACAACAGGAUACUGAAGGUCCCUGGACGGAGUCACACACUAAUGGCUCCAAGACACAACGGGAUACUGAAACAGCCAGAAAACAACCUGGCAGGAAUAGUUUCCCAAUACAACAAGACACUGAUGGGUCCUGGACACAGUCUGGCACUGAUGGUCCCCAGACAACACCUGGGACAGACUGUCUUUGGGGGGAGCCUGAUGAUGGCCAAUUAGAGGAACCAGAACCUGAGGAGUUGGUGGCUCACCUAUCCUCUCACCUGAAGUGUAGCCCCCUGUGCCCUGUGCCCCGCCUCAUCAUCACCCCUGAGACUCCUGAGCCUGAGGCUCAGCCAGUGGGACUUCCCUCCAGGGUGGAGGGAGGCAGUGGUGGCUUCUCCUCUGCCUCCUCUUUCGACGAGUCUGAGGAUGAUGUGGUGACCGGGGGUGGAGGUGCCAGCGAUCCUGAGGACAGGUCUGGGAGCAAACCAUGGAAGAAGCUGAAGACCGUUCUGAAGUAUUCGCCCUUCGUGGUCUCUUUCCGAAAACACUACCCUUGGGUCCAGCUGUCUGGACAUGCUGGGAACUUCCAGGCAGGAGAGGAUGGUCGGAUUCUGAAACGUUUCUGUCAGUGUGAGCAACAUAGCCUGGAACAGCUGAUGAAAGACCCCUUGCAGCCUUUUGUGCCAGCCUACUAUGGCGUGGUGCACCGGGAUGGCCAGACCUUCAACCAGAUGGAAGAUCUCCUGGCAGACUUUGAGGGGCCCUCCAUUAUGGACUGCAAAAUGGGCAGCAGGACCUACUUGGAGGAGGAGCUGGUGAAGGCUCGAGAACGACCCCGGCCCCGGAAAGACAUGUAUGAGAAGAUGGUGGCUGUGGACCCUGGGGCCCCCACGCCUGAGGAGCAUGCCCAGGGCGCAGUCACCAAGCCCCGCUACAUGCAGUGGAGGGAGACCAUGAGCUCAACCUCCACCCUAGGCUUCCGGAUUGAGGGCAUCAAGUCCAGCCCUAUCUUCCCCUGCCUAACCUCUCUGGGCUCCUGGGCCCUGGUCUCACCCCAGAAAGCUGAUGGGACCUGCAACACCAACUUUAAGAAGACCCAGGCGCUGGACCAGGUGAAAAAGGUGUUGGAGGACUUUGUGGAUGGGGAUCAUGAAAUCCUGAGAAAGUACGUGGCACGCCUGGAAGACCUUCGUGAAGCUCUGGAGAACUCCCCUUUCUUCAAGACUCACGAGGUGGUGGGCAGCUCUCUCCUUUUUGUACAUGACCACACUGGCCUGACUAAGGUCUGGAUGAUCGACUUUGGCAAGACAGUGGCCCUGCCUGACCACCAGACGCUCAGCCACAGGCUGCCGUGGGCUGAGGGCAACCGUGAGGAUGGCUAUCUUUGGGGCUUGGACAACAUGAUCUGCCUCCUUCAGGGUCUGACCCAGAGUUGAUCCACUUAGCCAUCUUCAGGAUUAUUAAUUAGAUGGUACCAGUCUGGCAGGAACAGCCCUGGAAUGCCAUGGGGGCUUGAGGUUCACAACUAGGGAACUGAUCUCCAAGGAUGGAAAAGGUCAUGUCAUACACCACGCAAGACCAACGUGGAAAGUCCUUGGGAGAGCAAGUAGCAUCUGGUCCCUUCCUGAUAUAGGGGCUGGAAAGACCCUGGAGAGGGCAUGAUGAAGCUUAUACAGUGAGUUAGCAGAAUGGGUCCCUUGAUCAGCUAGGAAGGUUUCUGAAGGGCUCCUGGAGGCCACAGCUAAAUCACACUGUCCUGAGAAGAUAGUUAAAUUCACAGGACAUGGUGUGACACAGUGCCUAUGACUGUAUAACUUGUGACCUGCCUCCUUGUCAGCUACCCACUGGCGGCAAGCUGGCUCUCAUAGGCCAGGGAGUGGGUCAUGUUCAUCUUUGGUGCCCCAGAAGGAUCAGGCAUCAUUUGUGAACACAUGCAGGAGCUACCUGUCUGCCCAGGGAGAGCAACAGCCCAACUCUUCAUCUUGGGAGCCAUUCAAGGCCGAAGUAGUGGAGGCUCUGACACCAUGGGACUGGCGAUGCCCAGGGACUGCUGGUGCUGGGUGGGGCACAGUGCACUGCUGUUUUGCUCUACCAUGCCCAUGAUCCAGCUCCUCAGAGUUCUGCUGACUCCUGCAGACCCACACCACCUGUACCAGCACUGUGACAAGGACAACCUCAAUCCUUUCUACAGCAGAUCUUGCCUGAGGACUUCCUCCUUCUGCCCCCACCCUUGGCCUGUCUCCUUCCUCUUAGCAAAUUGCCAUGGCAAAAAGGAGGUUCAGAAGCAGGAGAGCAGGUGUCCUGUGCCUCAGGGCAGCCUUGCACUCAGGGGCACCCCUGCAGCGAACGUGCCAGGCAUGAGCCUGAGGACCAGGGUGGCUGGGUGGGCUGCUGGCUGUGACCCAGGCUUACAGCCUGGUCCAAGCCAAAGACUCCAGAACUCUGAGGUGUGGUCAACAGUCCAUCUUGUACCACUCCUCCAGCACUCAGAUUUGGCUUCCUGGCCAAAUAGGGGAAAAUAGGCACCUACCUCGUCCCCAAGCUGAAGCUCCCACAUCGUCUUCCAGGGCUGAGGAGACAUACUCCUUUUCUACUAACCAUCUUUAUACUUAUUUAUAUGCGAGGUAGUUGAUGGGGGGGAGUGUUGGGGAAGCAGGUGGCACACAGUGUUUCUGUGCCUCUUGCCCAUGACAUUGCCCCAAUAAACAAGACACUCAAAGUCAGUGUUGUUGAGUCUUUCUCCUUCACAUCUGGAGCAUACAAGCUCUAAUCUGUAGUUCUUGAACCAGUGCUGGGUUGGGUAAUGGGAUAAAUCGAUUAGUUUGGCAAAGAGUAGUAGGCUCAGAGGUGGCUGGUUCAUUCAUUCAGCACUUAGCGACUGGCUCUGUGUCAGACAAGUGAUGGCUCUAGGCCCCACCUUCAGGGGCUCCUGGGACAAUUCAUCAGAUAAACAGUGCCACCAAAGUACCAGGGUUGGGAUGGGGGGACAUGCCUCUUCCCUACCUCCUUCAUUGGUUCGGAACACUACAUAAUCAAUACAAUUUCCCUAAAUGAGUGAUCAAGAUAUACCUGUUCUUCCACCUCUGAGUGCAGCUGACAGGUAUUCAUUAAACUAAUAAUCACACACACGAGCACCAUAAGGAACUUCAGGGGGCCAGGAGACUGGCUGAGUGAUGGCAGACACUAACUCUCUAGUUUAAAUCCUGACUCUGGGGUGGCUCCUGUGGCUCACUGAGUAGGGCGCCGGCCCCAUAUACCGAGGAUGGCAAGUUUGAACCCGGCCUUGGCCAAACUGCAACAAAAAAUAGCCAGGUGUUGUGGCAGGCGCCCGUAGUCCCAGCUACUUGGGAGGCUGAGGCAAGAGAAUUGCCUAAGCCCAGGAACUGGAGGUUGCUGUGAGCUGUGAUGCCACAGCACUCUACCUAGGGCGACAAAGUAAGACUGUCUCUAAAGAAAAUAAAAAAUAAAUCCUGACUCUGCCACUUGCCAGCUACAUGACCUCAGGCCAGUAAUCCCACCUCUCCAGGCCUCAGUCUUGCCAUCUGUUAAAAGUGGGGAAUCUAGUAUCUCCCUUACAGGGUUGGAGGUUUGGUGAGUUAACAUAGGUAGAAGUAGUAGCAUAUACAACUGUUCUCAGAUGGGUUUUUUUUUUUGUUUGGAGACAGCCUCAUUUGUCACCCUUAGUAGAGUGCUGUGGCAUCACCACUCACAGCAACCUCACACUCCUGGGCUCAAGCGAUUCUCGUCUCAGCCUCCCAGAUAACCUGGGACUACAGGCGUCUGCCACAACGCCCCGCUAUUUUUAGAGAUGGGGAUGUUGCUCUUGCUCAGGCUGGUCUUGAACCUGUGAACUCAGGCAAUCCACUCUCCUCGGCCUCCCAAGUGCUGGGAUUACAGGCAUUAGCCACCACGCUCAGCCCUCAGAUGGGCUUUUAAAAAGCUGAGGAGACAGCUCAGUGCCUGUGGCUCAAGCAGCUAAGGCGCCAGACACAUACACCUGAGCUGGUGGGUUCGAAUCCAGCCUGGGCUCUUCAAACGAUGGCUGCAACCAAAAAAUAGCUGGGCAUCGUGGUGGGUACCUGUAGUCCCAGCUACUUGGGAGGCGGAGACUCACUUGAGCCCAGGAGCUGGAGGUUGCUGUGAGCUAUGAUGCCACAGCACUCUAUCUAGAGUGACAGCUUGAGGCUCUGUCUCAAAAAAAUAAUUAAUAAAAAUUUAAAAAAAUUAAAAGCUUAGCCGGGCGUUGUGGCAGGCGCCUGUAGUCCCAGCUACUUGGGAGGCUGAGGCAAGAGAAUCGCUUAAGCCCAGGAGUUGGAAGUUGCUGUGAGCUGUGUGAUGCCACGGCACUCUACCGAGGGCCAUAAAGUGAGACUCUGUCUCUACAAAAAAA